AUGGCUAAGAAGAAAGGAGGAUUCUAUGCUGUUCAGAACGGUAGGAGCACAGGCGUCUUCACCGACUGGAACCAAUGCAGCAGCCAGGUGAAGGGCUACCAAGGUGCUGUAUAUAAAAAGUUCGAUACAUAUCAAGAGGCCCAAGCAUUCUCGGAAUCCUCAAGUGGUUAUGGAGCUUCCCAUUCCUCUAGUGGUAGUGGAUCUGGGAACAGAGUUAGAGGUACGGGAGGGUAUAGAGGUACGGGAGGGUAUAGAGAUACGGGAGGGUAUAGAGACUCUAGUUCUUCAAACCAUGAGCCAGUUCAUGCCUACUUUUUUGGCUCUGGCCUAACCAUUGAUUCAACUCCAAAUUCUAGCCCAUCAAGAUCAGAAUCAUAUAAAUCUGACAAUUACAAGAGCAGUUCUAGUAAUACGUACAAGUCACCCCACUCGAGCAAUGGUAAAAUCAAGAAAAAAACCUAUAAUACCAGAUCAGAUAAGUACUACGCUGUGAAAAAUAGUAAUCACCCUUGGCAAAAUCAAGUAUUUACCAAUUGGAGCGAAUGCCAGGACUACGUUAAAGGUAGGAAAGGUGUUAGUUUUAAGAAAUUUGAGAGUGAACAAGGGGCAUAUGAUUUCUUGGAUGGCAAUACUGAAAGUACUGACUCAAGAAUCUUAGGAAUGUCAAGAGAAGAUUUCAAACAGCAAUAUCGUGCUAGUGAUGAUCACAAACCUGUGCAAAAGGUUACUACUUACUGUGAUGGUUCAUCAUUAGGAAAUGGUACUCAUGCUUCAAAAGCUGGAUAUGGUGUGUACUUUCCUCACAAUCCAUCAUAUAACAUUUCUAAACCAUUACUGAUAGGCCCCCAGACUAAUAAUAGGGCUGAAAUAAUGGCAGUUUCUGAGGCGCUUGAUACAAUUUGGAACGAUCUAACAUGUCACGGAAACAAAGUCGAAUAUACUAUCAAAACUGAUUCUGAAUACGUUUCUAAGCUUUUGAACGAUCGUUAUUCUAGUUAUACGGAGAAGGAGAUGGAAACUUUACCCAACAAAGAUCUAGUAAAGCCUCUGAUUGAGAAAUACGUAAAAGUUAAGACAUAUUAUGAUGUCAACAAGGACAAAUUCUCUAAUGAUAAAGGUUUAAAAAUUGAAUGGGUCAAAGGUCAUGCUGGCGAACCAGGGAAUGAGAUGGCUGAUCUGUUGGCGAGGAGAGGUGCCGAUCAACGGAACUGA